AUGGGCUCAAAUCCUGAGGUUGAUUUGCCUUCCAGCACAAAGGAGGUCUAUAUGCUGAUCAAUUCCAAAGAAUACGCGGCAGCUGUUAGAAAUAUUAACAAAUACUUGAAAUUAUGGCCUUUUGAACAAGAUUUUUACAUUUCUAAGGCUUAUUGUGAAAUACAAUUGUGUAAAUAUCAUAAUUGUCUGGCAACAAUUGCCACUUAUCAUGGCCAAUUAUAUAAGCCAAAACGCAAAAAUCUUGGGGAGACAAUAGCCGUAGCAAAAGACCAUCUAGUGAAUGGCAUUUGCAAGUGGCUUCAUUAUGAACAAAGUCUGGCACUUUAUCAACUGGGGAAAUAUAAUUUAGCCUUAAAAGCUAUAAAGGCAUGCAAGGCCAAUUCUCCUGUAAUUGCUUUGCACAAGGAAAUCAAUUUACAAGACAAUAGCUACUCCGAGUGUGAUCUGGACGAACCCUUGGAAAUUGCUUCGCAUUUAUCAGCAAGUGGACAGAUAAAAUAUAUGCAUUUGUUAGCUCAGAUAUUCUUCAAAUUAGAAAGCUACGAUAAAGCUAUUGCCAUAUAUAAUAACUUAUUAGCCAACUCCAAAGAUCAAGAAAUACUCACCAACAACAUAAUAGCGUCACAACUAAUGAAUUACAUAAAUUUUAUUGGUGAUAGCGACAAAUUUAAAUUGAUGGAUUCAGUACUACAAAAAUAUCUAGAUUCUAAAAAUAUCAAAACCUUUGAAUUGGCAUUCAAUGCUUCCUUGGUUCAGUCCUUCGGCGGUAAAGUUGAUGAUUCAAUCAAUUACUUGGAUAUGGCAGAAGAUAUUGCCAGUAAAGAUAUAGAAUUUACAUAUGAUUUAAAUAAACACGAAAUUAUGAGUUCAAAAGCACAUAGGUCCUAUUUGAAGAUGUACAACAAGGCUUUUGAGGCGGAAGCUUUCUAUGAAAUAUUCCUGAAAUAUAUAGCUUCUAAUCCUCCAAUAACAAAUACACUGUUAAAAAUGGCAACCAACAUCCUUAUUUACACAAUAAAUAUCGAUUUGAAGCGUGAUAUGUUGUCAUAUAUAUCAAGUUGCAUUUCCAGGGGCAUUGGCCAAUUAGAAUUAACAACAUAUGAGUUGAAAAACUUUCAUAAAAAUAUACUAACAUCUAUGUUACAGUUGGGUAUGAUCAACGAAUUCCAACGGCUCCUGAGUGGCGUUAAGGCAAAGCACCCCAAACAUAGCUUUAUGACCCUUUUUAUAUCUUCUUUAUAUUAUGCCAAGAAUAGUUUGAAAAAGUGCGAGCGAGUUCUUCUCAUGCACACUAAUGCUAAUUUGGUGGAUAACCAGAAAGAGACACUCGCCUUGAUGACUUUAAAUUAUCUGCAAGAAAAAUUUACUAAAGUCAUUUCAAUUUACAAGACUUCAUGUAACAAGUUGCACAAUGAUUAUUUGCACAAAGCUAUGUUACUAGUUCUAAAAAGUAUCAAAGAAAUUAGCAGCAGGAAUAGUGACAAGUGUGUUGAUUAUAUGGAGACUAUCAUUAAUGAAUACUACAAAAUUUGCGAAAAGCAAUCCAUUAUUCCUUCUGGCAACAAUUUACUAAUAAUUGCUAUGUUAUAUAUAAACGCUGAUAUGUAUGAAAAAGCAUCUGAUGCAUAUAAGCAGAUUUUGUUUGGGAUUCAAAACUAUGAUCAACUUAUUCUAGACCAAGCGGCCAGUGGAUUAGCCUUUGUCGAAUCAUUUACGGACGAUUACAAAUUGUGGAUAUUAGACUUUGAAGAUGACAAGAGGUCUAAUCUCAUUACCAAAUUUCAGCAAAAUAUCUACGACAAGAUCAAGUUUAUCGACAGUGAAAAUUUGGAAAUGGAAGGGAUUGCAUAUAUUCGCUCAUGUAAAAUGGAUGCCUGUGAUAGCGGCAUAAAGAAAAAGAGGAGGAAUAGAAAGAGGAGUAGAAAGAAUAAGAUGGCACCUUGCGUCUUGGCUAUGGGACCACCUGACCCAGAAAGAUGGCUACCAAAGCAUGAAAGAUCUGGGUUUAAGAAAUCAAGAAAGAAGAAGAAGGAAGAUUUUGUGGCAAGAAACACCCAGGGAAGUACUGCCGCGCCUUCUGCUGUCAAACCUUCAACGGCAAAUAUAUCUACAAUUUCUACGACACAGAAAAGGAAAAAGAGACGAUGA